AAUCUGCUAUACACAUGUAAUUUAUCGUGAUGAGAUCAUAUUUAUAAGAUAACAUAGGUAUUCUAACGUAUGCUUACUAUAAAUAGGAUCUUCCCUAGGAGUACACAUUUAUUAUAUAAACUCAGUCUGGAGUUGGGUUUUUCUAAGCUUUUAUUUAUUUUCAUAAAUAUUGAAAUAUUCUGAAUUAGUUAUAAGGAGGUGAAGAAGAAGAAGAAAGAAAGAUCUAAGAGAAGAUGGGUGCAUCAAAAAAUGGUGAUAAUUAUCCAUGGAGAGUUACUCCUUAUAUUGUAAUUUGUUGGGUAUUGGCUGCUUGUGGAGGCCUCAUGUUUGGUUAUGACAUUGGCAUUUCAGGAGGAGUGACAGGAAUGGAUGAUUUCUUGAAAGAAUUUUUUCCGAAAGUGUACGAAAGAAAGCAACAUGCUCAAGAAAACAAUUACUGUAAAUACGAUAACCAAUAUCUUCAGCUGUUCACAUCAUCUUUGUAUUUGUCAGCACUUGUUUCAAGUUUUUUGGCAUCAAAAGUGUGCACAGUUAAAGGAAGAAAACCUUCUAUUUUAAUAUCAUCCCUCUUUUUCUUGGUGGGUUCUGCCUUAAGUGCACUUUCACAACGUCUUUGGAUGGUCAUCAUUGGUAGAGUUCUUAUGGGUGUUGGUGUUGGUUUUGGCAAUGAGGCAGUUCCACUGUUUCUAUCUGAAAUAGCACCAGUCCAAUAUAGAGGAGCAAUAAAUAUUCUAUUCCAACUUUUAGUUACUGUUGGUAUACUAGUAGCCAACCUUGUUAACUUCGCAACCUUAAACAUACACCCUAUAGGAUGGAGAAUAUCCCUUGGACUAGCCAUAAUUCCAGCAAUUUUACUACUGAUUGGCUCGAUUAUCAUAACCGAAACUCCAACAAGCCUAAUCGAGAGAGAUCGAUAUGAUGAAGGGCGAGAAGUGCUAAGAAAAAUAAGGGGAAUAGAGAAUGUUGAAGCAGAGUUACAACAGAUAAAGGAAGCAUGUGCUGAAGCUAAGUUAGUGAAACAUCCAUACAAGGAAUUAAGGAAAAAACAAAGUGUUCCUCCUCUUGUAAUCGGGGUUUUAAUGCAAGUUUUUCAACAAAUGACCGGGAUUAAUGCAGUAAUGUUUUAUGCUCCAAUAUUGUUCCAAACUGUUGGGUUUAAGAAUGAUGGUUCACUACUUUCAGCUGUCAUUAUUGGGCUUGUAAAUGUGUUUAGUACAUUGGUUUCUGUUUUUGGAGUUGAUAGGAUUGGUCGAAGGGUUUUGUUGCUUCAAGCUUGUCUUCAAAUGUUUAUUAGCCAGACAGCAAUUGGAAUAAUUCUGAUAGUGAAGUUGACAGAAACAAAUACACUACCAAAAGGAGCAGCAAUCCUAGUUGUUCUGUUAACAUGCCUGUUUGUAAUGUCCUUUGCAUGGUCAUGGGGCCCACUAGGUUGGCUAAUACCAAGUGAAACAUUCCCAAUUGAGACUAGAACAGCAGGAUUUGCAUUUGCAGUGAGCUCUAAUAUGUUCUUCACAUUCCUAAUAGCUCAAGCAUUCUUAUCAAUGUUAUGCCAUAUGAGAGCUUACAUCUUCAUCUUCUUCUCCGGCUGGAUCGUUGUCAUGGCGUUCUUUGUCGUGUUUUUAUUGCCGGAGACUAAAGGUGUUCCUAUCGAUGCGGUUGCAGACCGAGUUUGGAAGAAACAUCCUGUAUGGAAGAAAUUCAUGGAUGUUGAUGAUCAAAAACAUGAAAAUGGGGCUUAAUUAAGAGUUGUUGAUUGACUUCUUCAUUAUAUGAGAUUUGGUACAUAUAUAUAUAUAUAUUUAUGUGUUUAAUUAAUUAAUUAAUUAAUUAAUUACUUGUAGGUCAAUUGGAUCCAUGAAAAAAUGUAGUUUCCUAGAAAGUAAUUCUAAGCUUUGUAUGCAAAUGAAUCAAUGACUUGGUUUCUUGACUA